AUGAGCAGCAGCGAGAAGAAAAAUCUACUCACAGAUUUGGUGGUGCCGUUCCGUCAGUUCGCCUCCAGCCAGGACAGCGAGUUGAGACAGGCCAUCCUGCAGGUGAUCACGAUCUGGCUGAACAGAUUGGCUCUCGUGAGCGGUAUUGCGACGUUCUUUGCGUCCAUUGACUCACUCCUCUUCUCCCUCGCCAGCUCUGCGGUGCACCUUGGCGACCCUUCGACGUCAUGGAGCGCCACGGACAAGCUGACGACCGCAACCUUCGCAGGAGCACUCAUCUUCCAUAUCUGCGCCGCGAUCAUCGCUUUCGUCGCAUCGUUCAUUCUCGUGAGACUCCAACUGGUGGACGCGGACGAGCAAGAGGCUAAAUAUGUUCACGGGACGACCUCUAACAAGGCGAUCGCUCGCGAUGUCGAAAGGGACCCCCUUGCCAAUGAGCACGCGCACCGUCCGUCGACGUCCUCUGCAGGCGUAGCUGACUUCAAGAAGGAGGGAGCUUCAAGUGUGUCGCAGGACCCCUGCGACGCGAUCUACCAGCGCGUCAACGUCCAAUGCCUGCAACUUCGCGGCUUCCGCAAACUCCCCGCUAUCCGUGUUCCUUCGCCCACGCUGACCCCGACUCAGCUGGCCCAGCAGAUUCUGGAUCCGCCGAUCAUGUUACUCCAGCGCUGCCACACGCUUGCGGUGUGGAUGUCCGCGGUUGGUUUCGUCUGCGGGCUGAUUGGCAUCUUGGCGUAUGCGUGGGCGCACACGCCCCUCGCUGUGAGCAUCUUCUCCACAGCCUGCCUUGGUGUAUGCACGAUAGCGGGCACGCUGGUGCUCUUGUAG